CCUCCUUAAUCCAUCCACAGACCUCAGUUUACCUUCCUAAUCCCACUUUCUCCCUUAGUCCUUCAUAUUUUCUGUGUUUUUGUUUCUCCAAACUUUCUCCAAACCCCCUUCCCCCCAGUUGGCCUUCUAGCUACCACUCUCCCUUUGAGCUUUGAGCUACUCCUCACAUCUUCCUUUUCUGCUCAAUCACAUCUUCCUUUUCUGCUCAAUCACUCCCAAAAGAAAAGAAACGAAACUUAACGAAUUUUCUAUGGUUUUCUUUCUCACCACAAGGAAAGCUGAUCUUUAAUCUUUGUUUCUGUUCAAUCAGUGAUAGAACAACCAUGGAAUUCCCAUUUCCCAACCAAAUCCCACAUUCAAAUUCGAUUCUUAUUUUCAUGUGAUAACUGCUUUCAGACUCUCGCGGCUACUUGAGCUACUCCUCGCUACGAAUUCUAGCUCUCUCUCCAACAAUCUCGAAUCCCACUUCCUUACAAAACCCAACAUUCUUAUUCCGUUUUCUUUUGCAUUUCAUGAUCCAGAUUUGCCCCCUUCUCUCUGUUCCGGUGCCCCAAAUUUCUUGAAAGCGAAGAUGCAUCUGAAUCCCCUACCUUCAACUUCCCCACAUCCUGCUACUAGUGGUCGUCUCUAGCGAAACUUGUCAACCAGUUCGGCGAUUCAUUGUGCCAAUGAAACGGUCGGUCCGCCCUCUUUUCAGCAUUCUUCUGCUCUUCGUCUUCGCCGCCACCAUCAGCUUCCGCUCAAUGAUCCGCCACAGUGUGGGCUCGGGCGUUAUCGAGUUUGACCUGAUCAAUAUGUUCGGGCAGACGCCGCCGCCAGCGCCUGUCUUUAACUCCACGCUGCUCCAAUAUGCCGCGAUGGACAUGGGUGAAAUACGAGCAAAGCAAGAGAUUGAGCGCUUGUUGGAUGGAAACUUUACUGACCAGGUAAGGUACAGGACCUUCUUCGCUCGGCGAAGGUUCAAUCACCACGAUGUCAGAGCGAGGUCCUGGGAUGGACUGCCGUGGACAAUGCAGCCGUCACAGUUACAUCGUUAUAUGUUGGAUUUCCGACGAGUAUUGCAAGAAUGGGCUCGAAAGAAAGCGUUCUUCCAGCCGGAAAUCAUGACGGAGCUGACGAGACAAAUGAAACACCCGAUUGACAAGCACAUUGGUUUAGUGGGUUCCGACCGACGGUACGCGUCGUGUGCGGUUGUGGGAAACAGUGGGAUUUUGCUGAAAAGUGAUUAUGGCGAUCUGAUUGAUAGUCACGAGGUUGUGAUAAGAUUGAAUAACGCCAGAAUCAAGGGUUUUGAGCGCGAUGUGGGAUCAAAAACCAAUGUUUCGUUUGUAAAUAGUAACAUUUUGCAUUUUUGUGUGAGGAGACAAGGGUGCUUCUGCCAUCCAUAUGGGCUAAAGGUACCGAUCGUCAUGUACAUUUGUCAACCGGCGCAUAUCUUCGACUACACCGUCUGCAAUUCCUCCCAUAAGGCUCCUUUGCUCGUCACCGAUCCGCGUUUUGACGCUCUGUGCGGUAGGAUUGUAAAGUAUUACUCGUUGAAAAGAUUUGCAGAGGAGACGGGGAAGGCAUUGAAGGAAUGGGAAGCUGUUCAUGAUGGUCCUAAUUUUCAUUACUCUUCAGGUAUGCAGGCUGUGAUGUUGGCUUUGGGAGUAUGUGAUAAAGUCAGCAUUUUUGGGUUUGGGAAAUCGGCUUCGGCUACGCAUCACUAUCAUACCAAUCAGAAGGUUGAGCUUGCAUUGCACGACUAUGAAGCAGAGUAUGCCUUCUAUCGAGAUGUGAUUGAGAAGCCGUGGGAAAUUCCCUUCAUUUCCGGCAAAUUCAAGAUUCCUCCUACGGUAAUAUACCAUUGAUCUUUUUUUUUUUCGCCUCCUAUUCUGGCCAAUGUAAAAUAUGUAAAAUGGAAAAUGCAAGUAAAAUUCAAGAUUUAGGUCCACAUUUCUUUGUGUGGCAAAA